AUGCAGUCAUCAGGCUUGCCAUAUGAUUACCAGGAGACCUCGUACAACAAAUGCCUAGAAACCUUGAGCAACCAACUAUCAAUUCUUACCUGGACCUUGUACCAUCUUUGUAACCUGCCACACCUUUACUACAUUAGCAAAAUUGUCAUCUCAGGUGGCUACUUCCAGCUCCUGACUGUCAAAUGCAACAAGAUCACGGUUGACUCCUAUGAUGUGACUGUGGAAGAAGACCUUGGAGAAAUUCAGCUAAUAAAAAUUGAGAAACGAAAAUAUUGGUACCAGGAUGACUGGUACCUUAAGUAUGUCACUGUAAAAACACCAAUGGGUGACUAUUUGGAGUUCCCAUGUUACCGUUGGAUUACAGAUGAAAAAGAGGUUGUCCUUCGAGAUGGAAGAGCAAAGCUUCCCCGGGAUGACAAGACCCAGAUUCUCAAGCAGCACAGACGCAAAGAGCUUGAGAUCCGUCAAAAAACAUACCGCUGGAAGGAGUGGCAUCCAGGCUUUCCCCUGAGCAUCGAUGCCCAUUCUCACAGUGAUCUGCCUCGUGACAUCCAGUUUGACAAUGAGAAAGGAAUUGACUUCAUUCUGAACUACUCUAAAGCGAUGGAGAAUCUUUAUGUCAACCGUUUCAUGCACAUGUUCCAGUCUUCCUGGAGUGAUUUUGCAGAUUUUGAGAGGAUCUUUGUCAGAAUCAGCAACACAAUCUCUGAAUAUGUGAUGCAGCACUGGAAGGAAGAUUUUAUGUUUGGCUACCAGUUCCUGAAUGGAUGCAAUCCUGUGCUGAUCCAGAGAUGCGCAGAGAUACCCAAGAAGUUGCCUGUGACUACGGAUAUGGUAGAAUGCAGUCUGGAGAGGAACCUGACCCUGGAGGAGGAAGUGAAGCAAGGAAACAUUUUCAUUGUGGACUACGAGCUUCUGGAUGGUGUGGAUGCCAAUAAAACAGACCCAUGCACAAUACAGUACCUGGCUGCACCUAUCUGUCUGCUGUACAAGAAUCUGGAGAAUAAAAUUGUACCCAUUGCAAUCCAGCUUGGUCAAAAGCCUGGGCCAGACAAUCCCGUAUUCCUUCCUUCAGAUGCCACAUAUGACUGGCUGCUAGCUAAAAUUUGGGUUCGCUCAUCUGAUUUCCAUAUCCACCAGACAGUGACCCAUCUCUUGCGGACACACUUAGUCUCAGAGGUGUUUAGCAUAGCUAUGUUCCGGCAGCUGCCUGCUGUACAUCCCCUCUUCAAGCUCUUGGUGCCACACAUGCGGUUCACAAUAGCCAUCAAUACCAAAGCCCGAGAACAGCUUAUCUGUGAAUGUGGCCUUUUUGACAAGGCAAAUGCUACAGGUGGAGGAGGACAUGUACAAAUGGUGCAGAAAGCAAUGAAGGAUCUGACUUAUAGCUCCCUCUGCUUCCCUGAGGAGAUCAAAGCUAAAGGGAUGGACAGCAAAGAGGAUAUCCCCUACUACUAUUACCGGGAUGACGGCAUUAAAGUCUGGGAGGCUAUAAAGAAUUUUGCAGAGGAUGUGAUUCACAUCUACUAUGAGAGUGACGAGGUGGUGUGUGAGGACGUGGAGCUACAGGCCUUUGUCAAAGACAUUUACGUCUAUGGGAUGAGAGGUGUGAAGGCCUCAGGGUUUCCUAAGACGAUCAGGACACGAGAGAAGCUAGCAGAAUAUCUCACAGUGAUAAUAUUCACCACAUCAGCCCAGCAUGCAGCUGUGAAUUUUGGUCAGUAUGACUGGUGUUCCUGGAUUCCCAAUGCCCCACCAACAAUGCGCCGCCCUCCUCCGACAGAAAAGGGGACAGUCACCAUUGAACAAAUUGUGGAGAGUCUGCCAGACAGGGGACGUUCUUGUUGGCAUCUUGGAGCUGUCUGGGCCUUGAGCCAAUUCCAGGACAAUGAACUGUUUCUGGGCACAUACCCAGAUGAACACUUUGUGGAGAAACCGGUGAAAGAGGCUAUGGCAACAUUCCGCAAGAAUCUGGAUGAGAUUGUCAACACCAUCACUGAGCGCAACAAGAACAAAAAGCUCCCUUACUACUACCUUUCCCCAGAUCGCAUUCCCAACAGCGUUGCUGUGUGAGCAGAUAACAGGAGAGUUUGGAGGCAUGUAAAGCUAAUGAUCCUUUCCUGUUACAGAUGCUUCUUUACAAUGAACUUUCAGAAAUGGAUGAAAUAAGAAACCCACCCUCUCCAUUAGAGCUGACCCAUACUCUAUUCGGACCUUCAAAACAAAUCGAAUCAUGACUGAUCUUGCAAACAAAGUCUAGUUGACAACCCUCUAGGUCAAAUUUGUUAAAAGUU